GAUUUAUUGUAAGGUCAAGGUCAGACGAGCCCAUCUCUCUGGAUACAAAAACACGCAGAUUUACUCGCGAAAUUCGUUAGUCACGUAUAAAAAUUAUGUAGAAUAUAAACUAUAGCUUUUUUGAAGUAUAUUGGAUAUACUAUCAACAACAAAGAUGCGUUAAUAUGUAAAUAAUGAAUCAACAACGUCGAACGUCUGUUGGCAUUUAUAAACGACUGGAUGGGAAGUGAACAUAGUAAAUCUAGCCGAGAAAGACCAUCGACAGCUGCGGACUACGUUGAAAAAGCUCGUUUAGCUCUACAAAGGACGCAUAAUGACUGGUCAGAGGUCUAUUCCUGCACUCUUUCAGAAUGGGCUCGAGGUCACUCAGAUGUUUUCGGCUUCGACCGAAAAAUCGACUAUUGCGUGCCAUUUCAAAGUGGCAUAUUAACGGAUAUGAAUACGUUCAAUAUGCAGGCUUACUGUACAAAAGGGUAUCAAUUUCGUAUUGAGAGCAUUUCAAAUAAACUACGGAUGAAGGAGGAGAGUUAUCAUCUCCCUCCAGUGGUUCCUAGACGAAGUUCGAGAUAUACGUGUCCAUUACUUGUUCCUGCAGUGACAGUAGCUGGUUGCGGUAGGGAUAUAGCUUUGCUGCAGGUCGUUCAUAAGAAGACGAAGGAGCUUCACUUCAUUCCGCUGCAUAUGGCGUCUAGAAGAGCGCUGAGCGUUCUGAAAGAUAUAUAUCUCUCAGAAGCAUGCAUGCAUGAGGCUUAUAUAUCUCCAGAUGAAAAUUUUUAUCUUCUACGACCCAAUUUCUAUUGGGCCUUUUCCCGAUGUGCAGAUCCCUUUACGUCCUUCGCCGUGACCAAGGAUAUAAAGUUAGUAAGUGUUUAUUCUGGCGAAGUUCUCCAGACGAUCGAAGAUACCGCCCCAUUGUGGCAUUCCAUUGCCUUCGACCCUUCGUCUGGUCACUCAAAAAUUGCCAUAGGCAAUACAGAGAAUGGUGUUUCAUUAUGGAGUGUAGCUGAGAAACGUUGGGUAGCAAAAUCGACGUCCUCUCCCACAGGUGUCUCUCACCAUUUGGCUUAUAGCCCGAAUGCCGCCGUUUUAGCCUCCCUGGGCGUUAGAGCUCCUAGACGCCAUCUCGUUCAACCCAUACACGUCGUUUUGUACUCGGGUGUCGAUUUAACCGUUUUGCAUAUCGUUCAAGCGGCCAUUGGGGCAACAUCUCACCAACAUGCUGCUCUCCUCCCACUUUUUUCGAGUGUAGGAGACUACGUAGCCCUUCUCGGACCGGCAUUAACCGUUUCCGUAUUGAAAUUGCCUAAAGACGUUUCGCUGAAGCACUUGUGCCGUUUGGCAGUGAGGAAGUUUGUUCGGGAGGAGGAGAUUUGCAAAUUGCGUUUACCAAACGCGCUCAAAUUGUUCCUACUCUUCUUGCCCGUUGCCCCUUGAACAUUUUACCUACUCUGGAUUAAUCAAUGCAUUCUUUUUUUUUCUUUUUUUUCUCUAUCCCCCCUUUGCUUUCUUUCUCCCUCUUCCCAAAAGUUUCUUUAUAUUUUUUUAUUUUUUAUUUUUUUGUGGUUUUAUUUUUUGUCAAUAUCUUUACGUAUUGUUUUUUUUGUUUCAGUUUAUUAUUGCAUUUUUUUUUGCUAGAAAUUAUUCUAUCAUUAAGAAUCUGUUUCAGUUUAACCAAUAAAAAUGUAGGUCACACCUAUUAUACAAAAGCUUCCAUCUUUUCUUCCCUCUGUUCGUUUAUUUAUUUAGAAUAUUUAAUAUUAUAUGCAGCGUAGUCUAACAGAGAGAACUGACCAGUAUCUCGAAAUUAUACGCACUUUUCAAAGUUGUUACAAAUGUGUUCUAUUUUAAGGGUAUCAAUAAUUGUAUCUAUUUUUUUAGAAAGUUGAACCAUGGAUACAUAUGCUAUAUAUAUGCUGUGUAAUUUAUAUAUGUCUAAAAACACAUUGUUCCUGAAAAGGAAAAGCAAGGUUCUCGUAAUAAUCCACAGUAUAAUAGGUUUUAGUUUGAAUCAUUCACAUAAUCAAAUACUACAAACAUACAUAUUUAGAUCAGUAUUAAUAAUACUAUUUUUGUAUAGAUGACGCUUGAUGAGAUUCUCUUGUUUUCUGCUGGAAGAAGAAACAAAAAUGAAUUAUAGCCCCCAGGCCCAUAUAGGAUAUAUUCUCGAUCUUAAAGCCCCUUAGAAAUGUUCGAAAGAAAUAGAAAGUUGCAACAGUAUCCUUCACCUGAUCAUGUAGCUAAGAAAUGUGAUCGGUUUCGGUAUUUUAAUUAGCCUACAGGACUGGAGAGUUUCGUUGAUAUACAAGUAUAAAUGCAUUGCGCUUAAAUAUGGUAAAAUAGAUUUGGAACCUGGAUUUGGUUUUGUAUUUGUGAAAUAUACUAUUGACAAGAUUAUAUGUCAAAGAAUAUUCUACUUUCAUAAUAAUCGUAACAUCUAAAAAUUACUUUAUUAUGUAUCGACUUUCUAAAGCUUUUUUUCAUAAAUCUUUCAACAUUGAUGACCGACAUAUCUAUGCAUCCUUUUUAUUAUCGAUAGGCACGCGUCCUCUAUCCGUUUCCCAUCCUCGCACACAAACUUUAAUAAUAGUAUUUUUCUAGCAAAACCGUCCGGGAAAUAAAUAACAAAUUUUCCAAUUUUUAUCAAUAGGUAUUUUUUCCACGGAGUUUGCAUAUGGAUGGACGAAAUUCUGGGAAAAAUUCAUUAGUGAACCAAGUGGCUGAGUGACAGAAUUAUGUAUUUUUUCACCUUUAACCCUUCACCUUUUACAGUUUUAUGCUCUUUUUUUUUCAUGCUCGAGAGAGAUCUUGUUUUUGGACGCCUAUAAUAUAAUAGGAAGGUCAUUUACCGUACAAGGUUAUUUAUGUUUAUAAGUUAACGUUCAAAACAGAUCGAAGGAUAAACUAGGCCUACAGCUUCUUUUACGCAGAAAUGUC